GAGUGCUAUUUGGAUUUAGCAUCCUGUAAUAACAAAUCAGCUGCUAGCUUCGGAGAUGUGAAGUGUCCUGAGUCUAUGGUGAAUUAUAGGAAGUUCGAAGGAGUUUGCAGGAAUAGACGGAGGAAGGCAUUUAAAUCUUAAAACUAUAUAUUCCAAUCUUAUUUUCUAAUAAUUGAUUUUGAAAUGACAUCUUGAGUCUAUAUCAAGAAGUUUCUAAUAAAGGUAGCGGAACGUGUGGUAUUUACGUUGCUCGUACAUUGGAAGGUGCCUACGUGACGUUUGGCCUCUUCGUUUCUGUGCGUCUGAAAGUUAAGUUUUGAAAUGCAAAUAACGUGUAAAUGUCUGAAUGUCACUAUCGAGACCCAGGGUUCAAGAACUCAAGAAAUUGAUGUGUCUACGCUCAACCUAACUGUCACUGAAAAAAGCGACGCAUUCUUUAAAGAGGCACUUGUCCUUGUGGAACAUGGCAGAAUUUCCAAAGUACAAUCUAGUCUUGUGCAAGUCCGUAAUGUGGGCCUAUGGAUAAUUCAUUCAUGUAUGAAUUGCUCCUUGAAUACCCAUGCUAUUCAUCGUGAAAAAGGCGCAGCUUUUGUUCUUUUUAAUAAAGCAUUAUUGGUGAAUCCAGAGGAAAUUUCUGCUUUGAAGAAAAAUGAGAAAUAUUCACCUGUGUUUCGUAUUGUCAUCAAUCAUUCUGAGUUAGAAGAAGCGGCUUUGCAAGCUCCUACAAAAUUUGCUGUUUCUCAGUUGCCUGCACCAGUACAAACUGCAAUAACAGCUCUUCAGCAGCAGUUAGCAGAAAUUAUUCAAUAUGAAACAACUCGAACCGAAGAAAGAGUCCGUCAGUAUUCAGAACAGCAGUAUGCUGCUUUGGAAGAAUUUCGUGAGCGCGCUCAUAAUGAUCAUCGUUUACUUGCAAGGUUGCUUUGUGAAGCACAAGAAAAGUUUGGCAAUUCAGAAAUUGUUCAACCUGCACCAUUAGACAACUUGGAAACACCACCAUCGACUCCUGACAACCAUAAUGUGCCCACGCCACUGGCAUCCUCUGUGCGUUCAGUGCUGCGGUCAUCAGCACCUCUUGCAAGUCCUGCCGGCGCAGCCUCUCCAGUUGCCUCUCAGAAUAAAGGAGAUGGCCCCAGUACUGUUACUGCUGAUUUCAGGCCAAGCAAACAGCCCAGCUCCCCUUUAUCAAGUGCUGGAAGCCACAGCCGAUCUGGGAGGAUAGUUCCUGCCAACCUGUUUGGCCAAGGCAAAGGGCAGAGGAACAGGCAUUCAUUCGACACCGAAGGGCUGUUUGAUUUGGAAGGGAUGGAGGAUAACCCUCCAGAGGCAGGCCCCUCUGAAGAGGAAUCGGACACUGAUGAUUCUGGCAGCCAUGACGAGGGAAUCCAUAUUCCCCGAGGCAGGGGCAUGCACAAUUUGGCCAAGUCUCUUCCUGUUAAUGUGCCAUCAUUCAUGCCACAGGAAAAAAAGAACAUUGAAGACAUGGAUGAUGAUCAGCAGCUUCCUCAAGAUCCGAUGGAUAUUGCAGCUUCCAUCAAAGCUCUUGCCAAAAGUGUGCAUGGUGAUGCCAAUGUUUUUGGUGACCUUCCAAGACCUCGAUUUAGUACUCAGAUCUGAUGUAUAUAAUUGUAAGAAAGUUAUGUAAUGAGAAAAUGAUGUUCAUCAUUUUCUCUUUGAGAAUAGACAUUUACUGGACAGUAAAAAGUAAAAGUCAAUUGUAUGGGGUAGCACUAGAUAAGUGCCAUGAAGUACUGUUUAAUUAGUUUUGCGCUGUUGUGAUAAUUUUGCAGAUCAAAUAAGAAAACGGAAAAAAAAGAAAAAAAUCAAUUGUCAAACAUGGUCAGUGUAUUUUCAAUACUGAAAAAAUACUUUAUUUUCCUUUACAAGUAUUGUUGAAGACUGUUCAGAUCUUUUUAUAACUUUUUAAAUAUUGCACAACUUCAUCAUUGCGAUAUACUUUGUUUUCCAACUUAUAGACCUAGAGUAUCAGGUGUAUGGAGAGUUUGUUUAUUGUUAUGUAAUGCAAAUUCAAUUACCCUGAGACUGGCUAGUUUUGUCAAAGACGAUUCCUAGUUGUCCAGGGUAUCCCAGUUAUUUGUGAAAGUAAUAAAAAAAUCAUGUACAGGAGUAUAUGCAAUGUACGUGAAGAAAAAGAAUUGCCUUCCAGCAAUUCACACAGUAUUGUUCAAUACUUUCUCUAAUUAAUGUGCAUCAAUUGAAUUUUUACCUUCAAAUCAUACUACAAAUUGAAUUCCAAAAAUUCUGACAAAUUAAUUGGCAUUUUAGGGUAAAAUCAAGAGCCGAAGUAUUGUAUGAAAAGUAUUACAAAUGUAGUAAAUGUAAUAACUAGGUAGUUACCAUGUUUUUUGUUAACAAGUUUCUCUAUGAUCCAUUAUCAGUAUUAUGCUUUACGUUGCUUCACAUCUCCAUUUUGAUAGUUCUGACACUCGUAUAUUACAGACAUUGAAAAAACUGAUAACAUGUUACUGCAACUGACACAGGCAGUUGCCUAAAGCAUUGCAGACACUUGGUAGCAAGGAUCUGAAGAAGCAAAGUGAAAGUGUGAGAAGAAGAAUGCAAUGGAUGCACUGUGAAAAUUCAUUUGCAAAGCUAAUUUUUUACAUUUGUACAUUGUUUAAUAGCAUGAUGUAUCUGGUUUUAUGUAAGGAUUGCCUAUAUUCAGUUUUUAAUAACUGUCAAUAAUUCAUGUUUUAUGAGAAUUGCCAUGUGUUAUUGGUAACAUUGUAGUCCCCUUUUAACAGUGAGAUUUUUUACUUCUGUGAAGUGAGCUCCUAACAUUGUUAAAAUGGCUGCACAAGUACAAUAAAUCAAAUCGGAAUCGUAAGUCGAUCGAAUUCAGGAAUAGUCGAUCAGAACCAUCAAUAAUGUGUUUUAGAGUUGUAAUUAUGAUUUGCUAGGAGGCUUAGUACAUUGGAUAUGUGUACCUGUAAAUUCAUUAAUUGUAAUAUGUGAAUGCUGCACAUGUCUUGUAGCAAAUGCAUGAGAGAAAUAUAACUUGUCUUCGUGUUUGAGUACACAAGUUCAACUUUACUGUAGUUUAAAGUGUGAUGAUUUUGCAUAUUCAGGCAAAAAUGGUUAUAUUUUCUCUGCUAGAUUGAAUCAGAAGACCAGAACUGAUUCUUUUCUGAUACAUGUUAUUAAAAAACAUAUGAUGAUGCCGUGCACUUCAUAAAUUGCCUUAGAAGGAAAAUUAUUCAGCCAUCAAUACGUAGUUUCAUGUUUGUGCAAAAUAAAGAUUUAAUAAAGCAUUUCAUGACAGUUUUUGUAGAAGUUCAUUUACCAUAUUCCCCCAUUUUCUUAAGAUUGCCGAGACAAUCAAAAGUGAACUUGUUAGUAUUCUAUAUUGGU